AUGUUUUCAUUCGCCAAGAAGUUGGUCGAUCGGUUCGAAGGCCACACUACUCAGGAGGCAUCUCUACAUGACUCGUACUACAAGAAUGCAACGCAGAUUAACAACAGAGGGUUUGCCCUUCGAGUCUUGUACGUGCAACCACAUUCAGCGGCACAUUCCAAGGGGUUUGAGGCGUGGUUUGACUAUAUUAUCAAAAUCAAUUCACACGAAUUGCCAAUGCAGUAUCCAGUAUCCAACUUCCCCUACUCAGUUAAUGAGGAUGGGAGCAUAAACUAUGGUUCCAACAUUUCGUCCGAACAAGCAUCUGCAGUUAAUUUUGAAGUAUUAUCACAAGAAUUGCUGACCUUGGCAAAAACAAAACAAGAGCUUUUACUUGAUGUGUGGAACGCCAAGGGCGGAGUUGUGCGACAAAUAAGCAUCCCAUUGGAUGAGUUUAGCCUGGAAAAGGAGGAGGAGAAGAAGAAGAAGAAGGCGGAAGAAGAGAGCAACCAUGACGCCUCUACUAUAAAGUUGUUUGCUGCCACGUUCAAACAGAUUGGAUUAACAGUUGAAUCUCAACAUUUGAGCACCGCCACCCAUGUGUGGAGGAUCUUAAAUACCCACCCGGGAUCUCCUGCCUUCAGAUCCCAGUUGGUUCCACAAUCUGAUUUCAUUAUAGGGUGUGACUCCGCUUACGUCACUGAUGAGACUGGAAAGGGAUUACUUACCAAAGGAGGUGAAUCCCUUUUGUCCAAUACAGUGUCAAACUACUACAACUACUACCACAAUCAAACACAGGAAGAAUAUAUCCCUAUAACCCUUUAUGUGUACAAUCAUGAUUACGACAUUUUGCGCCCCGUGACCGUGAACUUGUCGCGAAAUUGGGGGACUGGCCACAACCGGGGUAUUCUUGGAUGUGACGUCGGCUAUGGUCUCCUUCAUCGUAUUCCAGAAGUCAUUGGUAAGUUCGACGACAACUCAGUGGUUGAUGAUGUGUUGUUUGAGAGUAAACAAGAUGUCGCAUACCAAACGGAUUCUACGUUGACACCUCAAGCUUUCGACACCAAUGCAAACUUUAUCAACACGGCGCCCCCACCAAUGGGAUCAGUCUUGCCACCAUCAUCUGUAUCACCACAUACGUCAAAAACGUCUGGUCGAAAAAAGAAACAUGUCUCUGCGCUUAAUGUUGAAGACUCCUUGAGUGAUUAUAUGAAUGAGGAGUUGGAAAAGUCAAAGAAAUUGGAUGAUAGUUCAAAGCCUAAAACUUCAACAGCGACUGUACCUCCCCCACCAACUAGUAAAUAA